CAUUAUUUGGGACAGCCGGUGGAAUAGAAGACUCCGGCAAUGACUUAAAAUCAAAACGAUGACUUGUUACCGAGAUCAACUGAGCAAGGAAGACACACAGAACUGGAUCAAGGCCGCCCUCGCCCUCAACAUUACCAAGGAGGGCCUUCAGGAUUUUGUGGAGGACGCGCUGACAUGCGUUCACAAGGACAUAUUGAGCACCGUUAGAACAUCAAAGAGGCUCCCAAGCGGGGCAGUAUGCGCACAUUGUUUUACCGAGAACGUAUUAAAGUGCCCCACGCGCGGGAUAUGUACUAGAACCUGCAGAUUUCACAACACCCUUCAGCCUGCACCUUGUCCAAAAGGGAUUUGUGAAGAUGUCCGUGAUGAAAUCAUUCAACAUCACAGGUUUACUGGGCCAUCUUGGAAGAACACGAACGCCGACAAAUGGUGUACUAGUCCCUGGGAGAUCGGCAAGUGUUUCCUGCCUCCUGAUGGCUACAAGACCGUGCCCUCUAUCAAAGAAAGUGACUUCAACGGCGUGCUUAGCGUCAUGAUGAAUUGUGCGGAUUUCGAAACCAAGCUGUCGUUCAAUGUUGCGACAACAACAAAUUUAUUGACAGAGGUAAGGGAGAUUGGUCGACGCGUCCGCCACUCUCACGACCAACAGAUAAAGGACACGGAACUUGUAGACUUCCUGUUUAAGCUCCGAACCCUGCUAGAGGAUAAAACUGAGCUAGCGAACCGACCCGAGGCACAACACGCCGUGGAACAGCUUAAAAAGCUGCAAACGGACGACUUCAAGAUCAGCUCUAAAAAGGAACUUGAGGCGUUGAAGGAAGGAUUGCGACUACGUUUAAUGAACCAUUACAAAACCACUUUGGCCGACAUGCCGAUAUCUCCUAUUCUGGUAGAGAAGAAUGCCAAACUCUCCAGGUUCUACGUGGCACCGAAAAUUACGGAGAAAGAUCAUAGAAAACUCGACAGGAUUGACAAGAAAGAACGCGGUAAAAAAAAUGCGAACUUUUCAGAUGUAUUCUGCAAAAACGGUCAGUUCCUCGGCAAUGCUUUCCUUGUUGGUGAACCAGGCACCGGAAAAUCCACAUUCUCCAUAAUGUGUGCCCUAGAAUGGACUCAACAGUAUUUACCAGCAGAGGAAAACGUUGGUAUUAAAACAAGCAAUGCCGACCCAGAAUUCUUCAAAGAGUUUGCAUUUUUGUUUCAUGUCACCCUACGAGAUUCAGGUAAAACUUGUGAUGUAGCAGAAAUGAUCAAGGAUCAGCUAAUAUGUAAAAUUUACCACGAAAAGGAUGUCGAUGAUGGCUAUCAGCUAUUGCAGACGGUGCUGGAAAGUGAAAAAUGUUUAAUCAUAGCUGACGGCCUUGAUGAAUGGACUCAUCCAGAAAAUGAAAAGUGUACCUGCAAAGCGGACGAGAAAGUCACCCCUUUCCGGAACUCGGCCAACAAGGCCACACUUCUCACGACAACACGACCCUGGCGACUCUCACAGAUUAGAGUACAGGAUUCAAAGAUCGACAAGUAUCUUGAAAUAGAAGGACCUGACGACCCAUCACAACUAGUGAAAAAUAUCCUCACCAUCCUAAAUGAGGAUACUGAGAAUGAACGGACUCCAGAGGCCUUUAUACGAAUGGUACAUGAAAAGGGUCUUACAGGUUUAUUGACAGCACCUAUCACACUCACCCACCUGGUGUGCCUAUGGUUCGAGGGUAUAUCGUUGACCAAUUCAAAGUGUGAUAUUUAUGCUGGAGUGAUAAACAUGCUUUCAUGUAGACAUAGUUGUAUGCGAAGGGAGCUUAAAGAGCCCAAAAUUAAACUGCCACAUGUAUUAACGGUUCAUGAAUGCUUUAGACAAAAUCCGACAAUAUACCUUGAGCUAGCAAAGUUGGCAUACGUUACUUUGUUUUCAGGGUGCCGAGAAUCGUCUGUUGUUUUCAGCAGCGAUACGGUUUACGCUACAUUAGACAAACAGCAGGUUGAGUUUGCAUUGAAGUCGGGUCUACUCACGGAGAAAAAAUCCAACUCAUAUAGCAGGAGAUCAUCUCAUUUUACAUUCUUUCAUAAAACACUUCAAGAGUUUUUAGCGGCUCUUCAUUUAUGCGUAAAUGGAGACGACUACAAUCAGCUAUCAAGCAAGUACGAAUCAGAUAAUAAACAAUAUAUCUUGGGAGAUGUUUCUCAGGUUUUUAUUUACAUAUGUGGAAUGAAGCCCGAGCUCGGUGUUCAAAUGUCUUCAUGGAUCAAUAAUUCUAUACCACAAUGUGGAAUGAAGCCAGCGAUCAAAGUUUCAAUGUCUAUGUGGUCCAGUUGUUCUCCACCACACAGCACCCGUUGCUUUAUACCCUACGACAAUCCCUUCAGGGAAGAGGUACCAAUACCCGGAGACACGGAGCUACUUCAGGACAUGAUUGUUUCCGGGUACCUUGAAUCCCAGGCGAACAGCUAUGAUGACACCCCGCUCACUCUCAAACACUUUGUGUUCUGUGGAAGGGUAAAUGUCAGUGUGUUAAAAAAGCUGAUACGGACAAACAUUAACCGAAUUCAGACACUUCUCUUUGAUGCUACUAUAAAUAGUGGGGAGGAUGUACAUGAGUUGAUCACAUCUUCCUCCGACUCCCUCAAAGCAGUUGAUAUGUUGUACUGUGACGAAGUUAAGAAUAUACAGCUACUGUGCGACACACUUCCAAGUCUUCCUCACUUACAAAACUUUAAAAUACAAUACACAGAUCUAGGUGAGCUCCACCUCCUCCCUCCAGCCUCCAUUUGCCAUAUUGAACUAGUGUGUGUGACAAUGACAUCGGAAGCGGUGCGGAGACUGAUGGAUAUGAUGGAGAACAUACCACACACCGUAAAAUGUGUGAUGGAUUACUGCAUGCUGAAACCAGACCGUGAGUUGGAAAACAUCCGAGAGCAUAUUGUCAGUUCGGCGUUGUUCAAUCUUGGAAAAUUUGCAAUCAUCCAAGUGCAAGUAGACGGAUCGGCGUUUCUUGACCCAUCCACAAUCAUCCAAAGACUUGUGGACAGUUUGGUGUCAUUCAAUCUUGACGAAUUUGAGGACAUUCGAGAGCAAGAAGACAGCUUGGUGUCAUUCAAUCUUGACGAAUUUGAGGACAUUCGAGAGCAAGAAGACAGCUCGGCCUCAUUCAAUCUUGACGAAUUUGAGGACAUUCGAGAGCAAGAAGCCAGUUCGGCGUCAUUCAAUCUUGACGAAUUUGAGGACAUUCGAGAGCAAGAAGACAGCUCGGUGUCAUUCAAUCUUGACGAAUUUGAGGACAUUCGAGAGCAAGAAGACAGCUCGGCCUCAUUCAAUCUUGACGAAUUUGAGGACAUUCGAGAGCAAGAAGACAGCUCGGCGUCAUUCAAUUUUGACGAAUUUGACGACAUCCAGCUAAUACAGCUAAUGGACAGUUUGACGUUAUUAAUCCGAGAGUUUGUGAAAAUUUCUUCGGCGAAACACAAUCUUAAAGAAUUAGAAGCCAUCCGAGAACAAGUGGAAACUUCGACGUUAUUCCUUAGACCAUUUGUACACAUCCGAUGCCUGGUCGACAGAACGGCGUCACUUUAUCUUGACGCGUUAAAUGACAUCCGAGAGCAAGUCGUGGACAGCCCGGCGUCAUUUAAUAUUGACACCUUCGAGGACACCCGAGAGAUAGUGGACAGCUCGGCGUCAUUUAAUCUAAAGGCAUCUGACAUUAUAUAUCGAGUGUUUAGAUUAAUGUACACUAAAAAUGUAAAACAGUAA